CUCUUUUUGUCCCCUCUUUCCUCGAUCAUUCAUUUCUCUAAUAAUUUGUCACUUGCUCUGAUCCAUUAGAUGAGGCCUACGCCUUCGCCUUCGUGUUCGUCUCCUUCGUCGUGUGGAGGCCGGGGCGGGAGAAUCACGUCCCCCGGCUGCUUAUCAAGAAUCCUGAGACGCAUUCUCUGCUUCAGCAACCUCCCCUUGUGCUCUUUCGAUCAUUUCCGAGCAGACGAGAGUCAGAGCCCGGGGCAGACUAGUGCCCCGGGCUCUACUCCAGGAGUAGUGGCCCGACUCAUGGGACUGGACUCACCAGUCCCACGAGCCGGGCCAGUUCAUGAGGAGAUCGCGGCUAACAAGCUGAAGACACCGGUGAGGCGGCUGCGCGACCUCCCUCCCUAUCAAGAGCUCGAAGACGACAAAUUCUUCAUACUAAGCUUUGAAAAGAGGCGCCAGAGGAAGUCGAAAAAGAGAGAGGGUUUAGAGGGGAAGAACAAAGAGAAUGAGAAUCCAGAAAAAUCCAAGAGAAAAAUGGGCAAAAAAUAUGCAGUCUCGUUUGAAAAUGAAGGUGAUUCAGAAAAUUCAAGCCCAAAUUCUGUUCUUGAAUUUUUGGGGUAUUCAGCUGAUCAAGAAUCUGUUUCUUCAGGGGAAAUUUCAAGAUUGGCGAAUUCGAAGACGAGGAGGCCGUUGUCGGAGGAGCUCGAGAGCUGCGGAGAGUCCAACGGGAAGCUCUCAAACGACAGAGUCGAGCGAGAAGAGGAAAACAUGGUGAGGAGAUCCUACUCCAAUUAUUAUGCAAACAUUGGUGGAAUCGGAAAAUUGGCUGCAAUGGAGAUUGUGAGAACAAGUUGGUUGCAUGAUGGAUUACUCACAAAUAAGCAUUGUGUAUUGGAGAUUGGUAGGGAUGUUGCAUCAAGUAUAUUAGAUCAUCUACUAGAAGAGCUUCUUACUAACAUAGGAAAAUUUUGACUAGUUUGUAACAUAUAUUUCGCCUAUUUGUAAUAUAGUAGUAGUAAUAUAACAAGAGAAAUAGUAUAGUUUGAUAAUUUCAUUGAGAUCGACUUGUAGUAUAUUGUCUAAUUGUAAUCACUAAUUGGAAAUGAAUCAAUAUAAAGUGGAGUAGUUGCAAAUUUAAA